AUGCAGACCAGAGAAGCAGGGCUCCCCGGGGCCUGGCUGGAAGUCCCACGUCCAGCCGGCUCUGGUGAUGCCAACACCAGACUGCUGACCCAGAAAGAAUGCGGCCCAGCCUGUGUCACACACGCGCCAGCGCCAGGCCUGACCACUGGCCAGCACAGCUGUCCCAGGACACCAGAGGUCCAGCUGCGCCAGGAGCCGGGGCUCAGAGAGAAGAGAGCUGCACUCCAAAGAUGCGGGGGCAGAUAG